AUGAAUGUGCAAGAAGCCAACCUUCAAGAACCUGAAGAAGUCUUGAAGUACUUUAGAAAUAUAUCGAGUAAGGUUGUAGACACGGUUAAGAGAUACACUCCGAUUAAUCGUGAUAAUACGGACCACAGUCACAUUAAGAAAACUAUGGAUUUAAACGCGAGAAGACAAAUUCUGAUAACAUGUUUUAACUGUGGUGAACAAGGUCACACUGUCACAAGAUGUUCCAAGGAGCUUAUUAAAUGUAAAAAGUGUCGACGCUAUGGUCACACAGAAAAAGACUGUAAUGGAUUUGCAGAUCCAACAAAAAAAGAACAAAGAUUAAUCCCAAACAACACGAAUACAACCAAAAGUGUACUAAAGAUUACAAAUAACGACAGCAGAGGCAAUAAAUACUAUAAACAAGGUUAA